CUGGAAAAACUCAGUUCUUUUACUGUGGAAAACUUAAGUUUGUGUCUGAUUACAGGGAUCCGUUACAGCAUGGAUGUCAGUGUGGAUGAAAGUCAAAGCUCUCGCCUCUCUGAUGACGUACAAAUGUGCAGUGGUCGAUGUACCCUUUGGUGGUGCUAAAGCUGGAGUAAAGAUUAACCCUAAGAUGUACUCGGAUACAGAAUUAGAAAAAAUCACAAGGAGGUUUACUAUUGAGCUGGCAAAGAAAGGAUUUAUUGGACCUGGUAUUGAUGUGCCGGCCCCUGACAUGAGCACAGGUGAGCGCGAGAUGUCUUGGAUCGCUGACACCUAUGCCACGACAAUGGGACACCAGGAUAUAAAUGCUCAUGCCUGUGUGACUGGAAAACCCAUCAGCCAAGGCGGCAUCCAUGGGCGGAUUUCUGCGACAGGACGUGGUGUGUUCCAUGGGAUUGAAAACUUCAUUAAUGAAGCAUCCUACAUGAGUGUCCUUGGAAUGACCCCAGGCUUUGGAGACAAAACGUUUGUCAUUCAGGGGUUUGGUAAUGUGGGCAUGCACUCCAUGAGAUACCUUCACCGCUAUGGAGCCAAGUGCAUAGGUGUUGGUGAGUUGGAUGGUUCCAUCUGGAAUGAUGAAGGAAUUGAUCCCAAGGAACUAGAAGAUUACAAACUGGCAAAUGGAUCUAUUGUUGGAUUCCCCAAAGCUCGGCCGUAUGAAGGCAAUAUCCUGGAGUCUGACUGCCACAUUCUCAUCCCUGCUGCCGGUGAGAAGCAGAUGACCAAGAACAAUGCAUGGAAAGUUAAAGCGAAGAUUAUUGCCGAGGGUGCCAAUGGGCCAAUGACUCCAGAAGCUGACAAGAUCUUCAUGGAAAGGAACAUCAUGGUUAUUCCAGAUCUAUACUUGAAUGCUGGUGGUGUCACUGUUUCCUACUUUGAGUGGCUGAAAAAUUUGAAUCAUGUCAGCUAUGGCCGGCUGACCUUCAAAUAUGAGAGCGACUCCAACUACCACCUGCUAAUGUCCGUCCAGGAAAGCUUGGAGAGGAAGUUUGGCAAGCAUGGUGGCACAAUACCAGUUGUCCCUACAGCGGAAUUCCAAGCCAGAAUAGCGGGUGCCUCUGAGAAGGAUAUUGUCCACUCUGGUCUUGCAUACACCAUGGAGCGCUCAGCAAAGCAAAUAAUGCGCACAGCGACUAAAUAUAACCUGGGCCUGGAUUUGAGAACAGCUGCCUAUGUCAAUGCCAUUGAGAAAGUCUUCAAAGUGUAUAACGAAGCUGGACUGACCUUCACAUAGGGUGGAUGCCACCCGUCCUCAUCGAACCCUGCUUCCGCUCUCCCAGCCUGACAUAUCAAACGUUUGCAUAUGUCUCGUUGCUUUUUAUUUUUCCUUUUUGCCUUUUAAACCAUUGGAACACUAAUUCUCCAAUAGAAGCUGCCAGAAUUAGUCAAUAGCUUGAUUAAUCAAUUAAUGUAACCCAGGUAUCAUAAUUAAGGCUUACAGAAAAUUUUCACUAUCUCACACUGCUGGCAAGUGGGAGCCAUGUUACAUUUACUGAACAAGGAUUGUUAUUUUCCUUUGUGGCAUCCAACUAGCCAACAGAAUCUCUCUGCAGGUUCAUUUACGGCAACUAAAAAUCUUACCGAUGAGGGUGUGAACCCAUUGUGUUCUGGAGACGCUAUCUUUCUGCAGAUAAUCCCCUCCUCGGGUGGAUUUCACCACACGUUUGGCAUCCCACCUUCUGCAUUCGACUCUUGCAAAGAUCUUCAAGUCAUUGGUAGCACACCUUCCACAGUAGCACCAGAACCCAAUGUGUACGGAGGAGCUGAACAAUAUUGUUUGUGUGCAGCAGUAUUUGCACAGAUCGGUUUUUAAAAAUUGUAUACUAAUAAUUGAUAUUUAGCCAGAAUUAUUUUUAUAAUUAGCUAGGUGGUAAUGACGCAACAAUUGGCUGGUGUCGCUGGGUUUAUAAGAACUAGAAUAGGCUGGGUUCCCCAUCCCAAUUGUGCAUUGGUCCUGUUGUAAAGGUUGCCCCUUGACUUUAGCUGGUUUGGGUUACAAUCCAUUGUGGUGCUUGGAUUAGCUUGCUAACAAUUGGAGAUGUGCGUUAUAAGAGCAGCAAUUCCAACAGCUUGGGUUUCCAUAAAUUGGUCAUUUCGGGCAAGUUGGCUGACAGGAGGAGAAUGUACCAAGUAAUAUUGUAAGAUUAAGGAUCAGAUUGUUUAUAAUACUGCUGACACAUAUUGAAGGUGAAUAAUAGCAAGUCCAUUACAAAGUUGCCUUGAGAAAGGGAACCCAGCCAAAGUGGACCCAUGAGCAGAGAUGGGAAGUUGUACAAAUAUGUACAGGGAGCUGAUUCCCAGGUUAGAACUUCCUUAUCUGCCUUGAUUUUCUUAUGCUCCUGUCCCACUUAGGAAACCUGAACGGAAACCUCUGGAGACUUUGUGCCCCACCCAAGGUUUCCGGAGGUUCCCGGAGGUUUUUGACAGUCUCC